AUGGGGCUAUGCUGCCAUCUACUGGCCAUCUUUCGACAUGUUCUGCUGCAGGAAGCUGGAAGGUCUUACCCGGGCCGGGCUCGGGGCACUCUGGUCCAGCCAGACAGACGGCAGGACAGGCCAACGGCAUCGCGGACUAUGGAGGCUCUCUACCUUCAGCCCCCGGAGGAGUCAGAGGCCAUGGCUGAGGAAGAGGAGGAAGAGGAGAAAUGCGGGGAGCAGGAUGAGGGAGGGAUGGAGGCCUCCUCCUCGGCGGGCUGCUCCACCGAGGAGGAGGCCGACGAGGACUCGGAACCGGAACCGCCGCCGGUGGUUCGCAGGAAGGUGUCUUUCGCCGACGCGUUCGGCCUCGAUCUCGUAUCGGUGAAGGAGUUCGACAACGUGGAAGCCACGGAGCCGGAGCCGGUCAGCUGGUCCGGUGACCGGCCGGCCGCCCAUGCCUUAGAGGAGUUCUAUCUCUCCUGCCUGUUCACGGCCCCGUCGUCCCCGGAGGAGCUGGAGCAGAGGCUCCAGGCCCAGAUGGUGGAGCUGGAGAGCAUCGAGCUCCUCCCGGGAACCUCCACCCUCCGCGGCCACGUCCGGGUGGCCAACCUCUGCUACAGCAAGAGCGUCUACGCCCGCGUGAGCCUGGACCGCUGGGGCAGCUUCUUCGACCUGCUGGCCGAGUACGUGCCCGGGUCCAGCGACAGGAAAACCGACAGGUUCACCUUCCGGUACACCCUGGUUCCUCCCUUUGACAAGGAGGGCGUCAGGAUAGAGUUCUGUCUCCGUUACGAGACUUCGGUGGGAACGUUCUGGGCAAACAACAAGGAUAUGAACUAUGUGCUGUUCUGCCACCAAAGGGGACUUGUGAAAGAACACGGGGCUCAAACACACGAGGAGUCCAGCAGCUAUAGGAGCAAGAAGAGCAGUCUGAGGGCGAACAGGAAUGGAAGCACAGAAGAAAAGACCAAGGAGACCAUUUACACUAAUGCAAUAGCUGCAGAAUCAGACACUCCACUUAAAGCAAAGAAGACUGUCAGUGAGAAGAUGGGCAGCUCUUGUGAAGAGAACAAACUUUGGGUGGAAAGCAUCAAAAGGAGACGCAAGGCAACCCGUCUGGCACAUGUUCAGGACCACUUCUUUAAGAAGCGGCAACAGCUCCCGAAGGCACCUCCGGAUAAUUCAGCCUAUGGUGGAAAGCCACAUGCGACAUCAGCCCUGGGGGAAGCAACCGGCAUUGACCAUAAAAGCCAAAAGGUGCAGUCGAGUGAGAGUCCCCCAGUACUCACCUACCACCAGAUUCCUCUGCUUCCACUGGACUGGAACAGUGAUGCUCAGCAGCAGUGGGGGGCUGCGGAUGACAUCCUGACUGGAGGUGCUAAAGUGACUUUGUCAAAAGCGUCCAAAGAAAACAGGCCUGCGGUUAAUGAUACGUGGGAGUCUAUUCCUAAAGCCAGCAGCAGUGAGAAGCCCUCUGUGAGUGAUGUUUGGCAGGUUUUUCCUAAUGGGCCCGGCCACAGGGACCGCUCUGAUGUUCCAGAGUCAGAGUGGCUGCAGGCAGCAGCACUGGUGUCACUCUCAAACGAUAAGGAGCCCCGCAUUCAAAAUGCAGCCAGAAGUCAAGAGUUUGCAGAGCUCGCGGGCGGAACCCUGUCGGUGGCGGGUGCCUUGAACGCGGAAGAUCGUCGGCCUGUUGAGGCAUGUGUCGGCAGCCCGGGAGAUGACAUCGCAGAAGCACGGGAUGCAUCCCAAAGGUCACAGACAAACUCUGUAACAGACACUCCGCGGGAAUUUAGCCUCGAGAGGGCACCGCCCGUGUCCGAGGACGCUGUUGACAGUCCGAAAGAGUGUCACAAGCACGAGGACGGGGAGCGGGAAAGCAAGGGAAUAAUGGAAAGAGCCCAGGGAAGAGCUGGAGACGAGCCCCGCACAUUGCACACAGCUGACUUGGUAACAAGCUCUGGGGAGUUGGAGACAACAGACAUGACAGCAAUGCCAGAGUCUCAGAAUGCCAGCGCUAUUGAUAGGAUCUCACAGGGAGCAAGGGAGGAUGAGGCUCUUUCUUCCAGCGAGGAUGGGGAGGUUACAGGUACAGCGCACAAUGCGGGAGAUGACAUACUGGCAUUUAGGGAGACAAUCAGCCAGGAGACAAAGGACGGGGCGAGGUGUGACUUUUCCACAUCCAGACAAGGAGUGGAGGAGGGGAUCACGAUGAGCCACGCGGAGAAGAAAGGAGAGGGGACAUUCAGAGCAGGGAAAACCAAAGAGAGCGAAGACUCCACGAGGCGCACAAAUGAAGUGGUACGGGAGAAUUUGGAGGGAAAUCUGCAGCAAAACCAAACAGUUGCAACAGAAGCAAAUGAGAAUGUUCCAUCUAAUCACCAACAAAUGGAGAUAUUCAAAAAGACAGCAUGCAAGGAAACAGAAAGGCAAAUCGGCACAGACAUGAGAAUGAUAAAGACAUUAGAUGAGCAACUUAACACCAAAGGUUCGCAGCUUCUUCGCUCCGGGCAGAUGGGAAGCCCAUCAUUUACUUUGGGAGAAUGUGUUCAGAAGAGGGGGGACUCAGCACCGACACAGAUAGAUCAAAGUGCCGAGCUGAAAUCUGAAACAGGUGAACAAGCAUCGAACGUAAAUCAGAUAGCAGAGAGAAAAUGCUUCAGCUGUGAUGGAGGGGCAAUGGAAGGAGGGGAAAUAAACCCCUCGGCCCAUAAAAAACCCACAGCGGAAUUGGAGGAGGCUUUUGAAAAGAAUCGCGAAACACUCGGCCCCUGUCCAGCAGAUGAAUGCAACCCAAAGCUCUUGGAACUGGUUGAAUUCAAACCGACUCACUUGGAGGGUCAAAAAGAGGAUGUGAGUAGUGAAAUAAGCUUAGAAGAAGUUGUGUCAGUGCAGAAUGGGACGAAGAGAGGUUUUUCAACAGGGAGCCAACAUGAGAUGUCAGAAAAAAUAGAGGAAGGUAGUCAGGAAGAUGAGAGGGUGAGUGUUGGGAAGCUGAAAAUGGAGGCAUCAGGGGAGUCGAUGGAUAAUGUGGAGAACCCUAAAGGGCAGAGGGAGAGUGCAAUGAAAGACGAGUUGUCAGUUGAAGUUGAGAGCUCACCUUGGGGUGAAGAUAAAAAACAGUCAGACGGCACAAAAGACCCCAUUACAGCAGAAAAUAGAGCAUCACUUGAAGUAAUAGAACCGGGGUUGGAGCAGAUGUUCAUCGAAAGAUUUGGAGAAGAUCUGGUGAGGAGGAUUUGGGAAGAGGUAUUCGUUCCCGAGGUUCAGCCUUUAAGAAGUGAUGCAAACAGCGUUGAUGAAAUGAGGAGCGGGCUGACAGAUAGUACACCAGGCUGCCAUCUUGUUUCGCAGAAAGACUUGAGUGACACUUUUGAUUCGGGUGUAUUUUCCUUGACGGAGCCAGAAACAGAUCUGAAAUCGAGGCUGUGUCGAGGCCUGGAGCAAACGUCACUGGCUGAAAGCAGCGAGUACUCUCCCAAAGACGGAAGUCAGUCACUUACCACUAAAGAGCCGACUCCCGUUUUCCGUGAGUUGCAGAUCGAUUUGGAUUCGAGAGCUCAUCUCGGUCAAAACACCCCACUGACUGAACCAGCCCAAGACCAGGAGAACCACCACUCUCCCAUUAAGGAGAGACCAGUCAACCCUCAGGAGGCAGCUUGCCAAACGGGGGAGCAUGAAAAAGAGAGUCCUGAUCAAUCGGCCCAUCAGUUUGGCAAACAUCUGAGCUCUUCUGAGAAAGCGAAAGAGCCUGAUGCUCUUCUGUGGUGGACUGCCUUGUUCGCCCUCAGUCACAUCACCAAACGCCUCAUCUACACCUUCUUGGUUAGUGGUUUCUUUGUCAUUGUAUUCCUCUACGAUUUCCCCGCUCUCUUCCCCCUCUACAUGUUUUCAUUGUGUUGGUGGAUUCUCAAGUGGAAGAGACACCAGGCGAUGGCAGAGAAGGCUGCAGAGGGAUAG